CACAUGAAUAUAGCUUACCUCUCUCUCCUUCCCUUUACAUAUCUAUCUCUCGCUCUCAAUCUCUCGCUCUCUAUCUCUCUCGUGUUAUCCAACAAAAGUCACGGAUCUUGAGCGGUGAUCGGAGAGAUGGAGUUCCGGGAGAAGCUCUUAAAGUUCAAGUUACAAAUAGUCUUCGCCUUCGUUUUCUCCUUCGUCACCGUCGCUCUCGUCACUUAUUCUCCCGGUUUUCUCACUGUUGUAUCUUACUUCUGGCCUCUAGUUCUCUCCACCGCCCUCUUUCUAACCGCAGUUUUCUUCUUCGCAAGGACCUCCGACCUUCCGACGUCAUCUACCCUCUCCGGCGAUGGCUCCGGCUUAAUAGUGGCGGCAGAGGGGAUCCUAGACUACGUCGUCGGCGGACAACACGAAGAAACUCUCUUUGAUAGCUUCACUAAACUCGACUAGUACUAUGAGAUGUCUGUGUUUUAAUUCCUCAAGUAUUUUCGUUAGUUUCUUUUUAAUAAUAGAGGAUAUUUAAAAAUGUAACAGAGUUAACCUGGAAUAAGAGUCAAUCUUGCUUUAUGAGUU